AUGGCAAAAGUCGAGGAAUGCGUUGUCGUCAUUGACGGGGCCAAUGUCGCCUGUCAAAAAGAUGGCAACAUUUGCAUCCCCAAGCUUGCAGCGGCCAUUCAGUUCUUCCAGUCGUUGCAACGGACAGCGGGGGAUUAUCCCAUCAAGUGCGUGGCUUUCGCACCGAAUUUCUGGCUCAACGCAAAGCCCCCGUCCAGUAGCAGUGGAGGUUGCCGAGAUGACAGCAGUGCUAUUGGUACAGAUGGCUUGGUCCUGCUGAAGGAGCUGGUACAGAACGAUGCUGUGAUUCUCACGCCGUCCCAUGCUCAUGACGACUUGUACGUCAUCGACUAUGCGGUCAAAUACGAUGGAUUUAUCGUUACGAACGAUAUGUUUCGGGACCACGUAUCGAAUAAGCGAUCGUUUCAUGGAAAAAAUCUAACGAGAAACUGGGCGCGCUCGCACUGCGUUGACUUUACGUUCGUCGGGAAAGAGUUUAUGCCGAACCCACGUGCGAUGGAGCGCGUGUUGAGUUUCCAGCCAUCGGCAAGAAGUGACUCGCCGCUGGCGUCUGCUGUGCCGCUUGGGGCUGCAAGAAAGAACUCGACCGAAGCCCCAAAGUCGAGUUUGCAGAAGACCAUUUCGAGUGAUGACGGCGAUCAAGGAGAAGGUGACGAUGAUGUCGAUGAGGACGGGAUGGUGAUUGAUCAUGCAGGUGCCAGACGAAGGAAAAACAUCGAUCUUUCGGAGGUGACGUACUACACGCUGCCGCGUGAGCUGUUGCCAAUGCUGCACGGUGAAGGGGGAAUAACAAUGGAAAAGUUCCAGGAGUACACGGGCACGCACAUUGUUCUUCCAUGUUACACCGUGCUGGGGUCUCCUAUGACGAGACCAAUGUCAGACGUGCUGACUCUGUCGAUCUACGGCUCGGAGACAAGUCGACAGCAAGCGGUGGGUUAUUUGGAUGCGUUUCUUCUCGAGAUGCAGCAGAAAGCGCAAUACGCCUUCCAACGGCAACAGCAGCAGCAACAAUUGUCUUACCAGGUCCAUCCGACAAUGGUAUAUCCCCAGCAGCAACAGCAAAACAGGACUGUCAAUGGAGACACGUGCACUCAAGACGAUCACUUGAUGGAGAUCGACUUCUAA